AUGCUUACAACUACUAUCCAUUCCCCGCAACAUAAAAGAGUUCUUCGGAUGAGGAAUAAGAAACAUAAUUCUCCAUUAUCUGAUAUUCAUCGAACGGAUAAAUGGAACCAAAACGUUAUUACUAUUAAAAAAGCCAAGGAGAUACAUUUGGAAUUAAACAAGUGUGCUAGGAAUAUAAAUAAUGCGUACAGCUUACAUAUUUUAUUUUCAAUAUCGACAGCUACUAUUUUGAUCAUUACUACAGCUUACAAUACGUAUUACUGUUUAUUAACUAAAAUCUAUCAUCCGCAAUCCCUUCAAUUCUUUAUUCAUUUAUUUUGGAUUUCUUUAUAUGGAUUGAGGAUCACUUUUCAUGCGGCAAAUACCGGAGAUAUCCUUUGUGAAAUGAACGAACCAUCAAUCAGCAAAGAAUUUUAUGCUGAGAUCUAUGACUUUAUUUUACAACUUAUUCAAAACCCAUUGUCAUUUACAAUCUUUGGCUUUUUUGAUCUGGACUAUACAUUGAUACGUAAUAUCAUCGGUAUCAUCGCAAGUUACCUCGUUAUUUUAAUUCAAGUUGGAAAAGUACCAUAUGACGUUUUUCUUAAAAAUACGACACUAUCGACCAAUGAUUAA